AUAAAAAAGGACGAGACCAUUUAGAACGAGAUAGAUGCCAAGAUUUCAACUUUCAUCUUCCUAUUCGUCUGCACCUUACUACUCAUCGUUUCCUCCCGACUGUUCCUCCAUGUCGAUUUCUGGAAUUCAAGGCCAGCUUCUUGAAGUCACUGUUAUUGGUUGUAACAAAUUGAGAGAUACGGAAUGGAUUUCACGGCAGGACCCAUAUGUCUGUCUUGAAUAUGCCAACACCAAGCACCGCACCAGAACAUGCAAAGACGGCGGUAAACAUCCCACAUUCCAAGAGAAGUUCGUGUUUCCGCUGGUUGAAGGUCUUAGGGAAAUCAAUGUUAUGGUCUGGAACAGCAAUACUGUCACAUCGGAUGACUUCAUUGGCGGGGGAAAGGUUCAACUUCAGAAGGUUCUUACUCAGGGUUAUGAUGACAGCGCAUGGCCGCUUCAGACUAAACAUGGCCGUAGAUAUGCAGGAGAAGUGCGGCUCAUAAUGCAUUAUUCGAAGACCAAUAAACCGACAUCAAGCUAUGCUCCGUCUGCACCACCAUAUGGAGCACCACAUGCAUCACAAGCUCAUCUAUAUUCAGCACCCCCACCUGCAGGUCAUUAUGCACCACCAGCGCCUGGACCUUACCCACCAGUGCCAGCAGGCUAUGCAGCUCCAUCUCCCUAUCCUUCAUACUCGCCUAAUUCAGCAGGGUAUCCACCAUCUCCAUAUGGUCCCAAUCCAUCAGCGUAUGGCCAUACUCCAUCUUCCUAUCCUCCCGCACCAUACCCACCAACUUCAACAUAUCCCCCACCCCCACAAUCCUCACCCUAUCCUCCAAAUCCUUUUCCUGGACUUUAUCCUCCAUCACCGUACUAAGAUAGAGCUCCUCCAGUUGUACCUGAAAAAGAGAGAGAUCUCCCCGAGACCCCAAAUGAAGAUGCGAUUGAUAAGAUGUGGUACUAAUUGUGUAUAGUCUAAUACUCGUAGUUUGGUAGUUGUCUUACCGCAUAGACGGAUGUUCCAAAUUCAAAUUUGCACAUUCGUUCUCCCCACUGUUUAUAAAACGAAGAGUUUCUGAACCAGAA